AUGGUUCCAAAGAGUAUUGAUACUGCUGGAUGUGUGGUGAAUGGGAUACCUACAAGUUCAGGAUUUAUGACUAUUGCCCCACUAUCUACAGUUCCCGAGAUAGCUACUUGGCCACCACCAGGAAAUCCAAAUCCGGGUUGGGGCGCACCAACAGGGAACCAAAGGAAAUGGGGAAGCGAACGGAAUCAUAAUGCAGAUAGAUACUCAAAUCAGAGGGAUAGAGGAUCUCACGGUGGGGAUUCUGGUUAUGGUGGGGGUAAUAAACCUUGGAACAGGCAGUCAUCGUUUGGUAAUGGAGGGGGAGGGGGAGGGGGAGGUUCUUCAAGGCCUCCGUUUAAGGGACAGAGAGUUUGCAAGUAUCAUGAGAGUGGUCAUUGCAAGAAGGGUGCUUCUUUGGAUCUAGUUCUUGGAUCAUCAAAACUACUCAUUGAUCAUCAUUUGACUUCCAACAGUAACAUACCACAUGGUGAUGAUCAUCAGAACUUUCACUUCAUUGAUGAUCAGAUGAUAAUUGAUCGGACGACCAGGAUAUUACCAUCGUCACCUCGUUCAACGGGUUCAAAAGCUCGCACUCGAGCAGUUGAUAGAUUAAGGAGGACUACCCAUGAAAGAGUGGUUGCAGAGAAUGAAAAGCUGGGUGGUUGCAGCAUCUGCUUGGAGGAAUUCAGUGCUCGAACUGAGUUGCUCCGUUUUGGUUGUAAACACCUUUACCACCAAAACUGCAUUGCUAAGUGGCUGGAAAAUCAAAAUUCCUGCCCUCUGUGUAGGCGUCCAUUGUAG